AUGCGAGCCAAAGACUUUUCGCAUUCAUCAAGAAGGUGUGGUGUAACAGGACGUUGGCUGACCUUAAAAAAUUCUGUUACAGAUUACCCUAGCGCGGUACAAAUUAGGAACAACUGCGGGUUAGGUGCAUUUGAGUACGUACUGCUGUACUGUUGUGUGCUUAAAGGAGGUGACGGUAGCGUCGAAAUCCCGAUGCCUAAUGAAUUUAGUGGAGGCAUGGGGAAAGUAGGGAAGCUCAUAGGUGCCCCUUGGACUGAUACAGUGGGGAAACUGUUAUUGGUAGGGUUCAAAGAAGAUGUCUGUGGGAUAGGAGGAACAUAUGACGGGACUUGUGACGAGUAG